AUGGCCUUCACCAGCAUCAGCAAGGCGCUUUGCCUGUUGGCGGCGGCGCUGCCGGCCCUGGCCGCGACGGAGCAAGGCGUGAUACAAUUCCCACUCGAGGUCGAGGUCGAGGCCGAGGACGUGAGCAGCCGUGGACCGGCGAUCGACGACUUGAGCCGACGCCAGGUGCCCGAAGCCAUUCGCCCCUGGGGGAACCUUGACAUUGCCUACACGUUCAGCAUUCACGUAGGCACACCGCCUCAGAGGGUCAUCGUCGAGCCUGAUACCGGCUCCCCAACCUUCUGGCUGCCUUAUGUAACCGAUCCCAAAGACUGGAAGAACGGGUCAGCGCUCUUCCUCUGGACCGACGAGAACAAGCCGACCGACCCCGUGGGCAAACAAUCGUACUCGGGCGGGGAGAGCGUCACCUUUGUGAAGACGGAGCAAAAUAUGAGCCUAGGUCCUGUCGACCUUGGUCCCGUGCCCGUGGGACUAGUGGAUAAGAACGGAAAAGACGUGCGUCUCGGCAGCGUCAGAGGCGUAUUGGGUCUUUCACCACAAGGCGGCGUUCUCGAUGUGCUAGAACGCCUUAUCAGCAAGGGAGUCUGUCGAUCCAAAGUCGUGAGCAUCUCUCUAAGUCCCUUCCGCUACAAUACCGGCUCCAUCACCUUUGGUGGCGUCGAUACCAGCCAGCUGCAGGGCAAGCUCGAAGAGUUUCCCUUGGUCGACCACUCCUACAAGACUCCCACACCUAAACCAGAGCCCUAUGUCCCGAAAUACACGUUUGAAUCGAUUUCCUAUCUGCGGGUGCGGAACGAGACGGCAGAGACGGCAAAAACGACUAUCGAUUUUCUCGACACACCCAUCUCGCCGAUCACCAUCAACCCAGAAGGCCGUGUCUCGUUCCUGCCCAAAGACACGGUCGAGAAGCUGGCAAACCAAUUCGGCGGGAUUGUGGGGGGUUUCACCCAGGGCUACGAGCCUCAAAUCAAGUGCGAGGACGUGGACGCCAUGGGGCCCAAAGUCGGUCUCGAGGCCGAGGUUACGGGCAUCAAUGGCAACAACAGCGUCUUGCUCUCCAUGCGGCUUCAAGACUUUGUCUCGCGACGAGGUGACCGCUGCUGGCUAGCCGCAAAGUAUUCCACAAGUCCAACAAUGAUGCUGGGGAAGCACUUUUGGGAAAACAUCGAUGAGAAUACGCGGAAUCUCGUGAUCGAGAAGGGAAAACUCAUUCCGGAUCCGGCGUCCGUUCAAGCUUCAACGCCCGAUUCGGGACAUGUAGUAGCCAACCAAAACAGGCACUGGAUUAUUCGUCUCGAUUCGCUUUCCUACACGGCAGCAGACGGCUCACAACCAGAAAAGCCGCAGGCCGCCCCCUCGAGCGACAGUGGCUCUUCGAGCUUGCCAGUAGUCAUCGACACGGGCUCUCGGGCCUGUUACCUACCCCAGGAUUGGAUUGAUAAGAUCUUGCCGGCCUUCCCAGACGCCAGUAAGGAGGGCGGUUUCUACUAUAUAAGCUGCAACAGCGACCCCCAAGUCACUAUUGACUUCACUUUGGGCAACACAACCAUCAACGUUCCCGCCCGGGACUUUAAGAUGGGGUUACCCGGUGAGAAGUGCGCCGUGGCUGUGCAAACCCCGAUCGGAACAAAUAAAUACAAUGUACUGGGCUCGCCAUUCCUCCGCGCAGCCUAUGCCGUCUUCGACUAUGAAAGCAAGUCCGUCCACCUUGGUCAAUACAAGAAUUGUGGCUCAAAACUGCGGCCGCUGGAGCCGGGCGCCACUAAGACGGCCGAUAUUAUCGGCGACUUUCAAGUCCGUCCUGGGGUUAGAGUACACCUUAAUGAUAAGGUGGCGGAGUAA